GAGGAAGCGGGCAUGGAGGAGGAGGCGGGGGAGGUGGUAAGGCGGGCGGCGGCAAGGCGGGCGGCAGGCGGCCCCGGGUGCGUGUGAUGGCGGAUGCGCUGCUGUCCAUGGCGGCGGAAUUCAGGCGCAUCAUCGCCCAGAACGAGAUCCCCCACCUCUCCAUGUCCGCCGGCCUGGCCAUCGGCGGCCUCUUCAACUCCUACGACUCGGGCCACUUCCUGGUCCGCUGCUCGGGCCAGGCGGCCGCAGCCGCACAGCACCUCUGCAGGCUGGCAUGCGAGGAAAACCACUGGUGCGGUGUCAUCCUGGUGGCGGACAGUGCGGCUCAGGCGCUGUCACGAACCCAUGCAUUGGCGUUCGCAGCGGGGGG